AUGUCUACGACCCACGACCCAGAAGCGCAACCAUGGCGCCCCAAGGCUAUCAUCUUCGACUUGCUCACAGCACUCCUUGAUUCCUGGUCGCUCUGGGACGCCAGCACGCCCUCCGGAACCACAGCUGAAGGCCACCGCUGGCGAAAACGGUACCUAGAAAUCACUUUUGGCGCAGGUAUCUAUGUACCGUACGAGAAUCUCGUGCGCAGCUCAGCUGGGGAUGCCGGAUUGCCGGAAUCUGCUGCAGAUAAUUUGCUGCGCGAUUGGGAGAAAUUGGCGCCAUGGCCUGAGGUUCCGGACGUGCUGAGAAGAUUGAGGAGCCGCGGAUAUCAAUUGGCGACCGCUACGAAUUGUUCGAAAGAGCUCGGACAUGCGGCGGCCAAAAGGGUCUGGCAGGGUGGCGAGAACGCAGGUUGGGAUGCGGUGAUGACGGCGGAGGAGAGUGGGUUUUAUAAGCCUGUCGAAAAGGCAUAUCAGGCUCUGUUGACGGCAAUGGAUUUGGAGGCCUGUGAUGUGCUGUUUGUUGCCGGCAGUGCGGGAGAUGUGCAAGGAGCGACCAACGCGGGCAUGAAGGUCGUCUGGCACAAUCGCAUCGGUCUCGCCCCGGCGGGAGACGCAAAGCCACUCAGAGAAGGCAGGACUCUCGACAAUGCCCUGGAGGACUUUUUGUGA